ACACGUUGUUAUUUCAAGCAUGGGUGGCUUAGGAAUUGGAAAGCCAUAUUAUCAAGGUGAAGAUGAGUUCAAUGGUAUAGAAGGAUUUCUAUAUGACUUUGAGAGUUAUGCCAUGUUGAAAAGGUGGGAUGAUAAUGCAUUAAAAGUUUCCAUUGUUAGGAAAAUUAAAGGUAAUAGUGAUGAUGAACAAGUGAAAAUAGAGAAUAAGUUGGAAGAGAGAAACAUUGAGUUAGCUUAG